GCCGUCGAUCGCGCAAUGGGGGCGAAGCGGGUGGCGUCGGCGGCGGGGACGGCGGCGCUGGUCUACGUCGCGCUCUCGGGGCGGCUCUCCUCGCCGUCCGGCGACGCUGCGUGGGCGGCGCGGAGGCCGCCGGGCGAAGAGGACGAGGCCAACAAGGGGGAGGAGAGGUGGCCGGAGCGGGCGCCGGCGACCUGGAGGGAGGCCGCGGCGGUGACGGCGAGGACGGCGGGCUUCGCGUACGCCGAGACGCUCGGCAAGUGGCCGCUCGGGGACAUCGCCUUCGGGAUCAGCCACUACAUGCGCAUCCAGGGCAAUCGGCAGCACGAGUACACAGGCAGCAAUUGCGUGCCCCUGAAAGGCCCUGGAGUAAGGCAGGAGCUUAUUGGACUUCUUAGAUACCUCAGGCUCUGCAUGUUCUUCUCAAAGAAGCCAUAUGAGGUGUUUCUGGAGUUUGGUGGUUAUGGCCAGAGUGAUAUUCUCAUAAGGAAGUCGAAGUCAAAGCUUAUGAAGCCUGCAUUCACGGUUGUCCGCGAUGAAAGCACCAAAUGUUUCCUCCUUUUCAUUCGGGGUGCAACCAGCACUAAGGAUCGGCUGACAGCAGCAACUGCUGCAGAGGUUCCAUUCCAUCAUUCAGUGUUACAAAAUGGACGUAGAUCCAAUUUGGUGGCUGGACAUGCGCAUUGCGGAAUGGUUGCAGCGGCUCGUUGGAUCGCAGAUCAGGCCAUCCCGUGCCUCAUCAAAGCAGUGGAGCAAUUCCCAGACUACAGAAUCAAGAUCAUUGGGCAUUCAAUGGGAGCUGGUAUUGCGGCAAUCUUAACAUGCAUGCUACGUGAGGACAACAAGUUGUCAUCAUCCUCAUGUAUUGCCUUUGGACCAGCUGCUUGCAUGACCUGGGAUUUGGCUGAGUCAGGCAACGACUUCAUUACCACUGUUGUCAACAGAGAUGACCUGGUGCCAUCUUUCGGCAAAGGUUCGGCUGCCAUCCUUCGCACAGAGGUUAUGGCAUCAUCAUGGGCUCCAGACCUCCAAGAACAAAUUCAGCAGACAAGAAUCUUGGGAUUUGUAAAUAGCUCUUUGAAUUUCAUGCGAUCCCACAUUCCCUUCUUACCGAAUCAAGGAUCCAAGGUUGCUGAUGUCAAUAUGCUUUUAUCUAACACUCCUGUGGAGGAGUUGAACCUUUCCUCAGAUGCACGUGCCACAGUGCAGAAGCACUGGGCACUGUCCUGCUGGUCAUCUGUUGCUGCAAAUAGGCAAAAUCUGGAGUCAUUGGUGAACCACACUCAGGGCAUGGGCAUUCCGGCACUGAUGUCCACCUAUGCAGGAACUGACCAAAACACUGACAAGCCAAUAACUGCAGGAGGACCAGCCUCAUACUCUCCUGAAGAACCUGAUAGCCCGAGGUCAGAUUCUGAGGAAACUAACCACGAGGAGAAAGCAACAGAUCAAGUGCACCUAGAGCAGCUUCUCAAAUCACUGCGAUCAUCGCCAAUCCCCUCUCAACCUCACCAGUUGUACCCUCCUGGAAGAAUCAUGCACAUGGUUGUGUUGCCUUCACCCAAAGAGCCCGACACUGGCAAGCAGCACGACCAGGACGGGGUGGUUGCCAUCUACCAGACGCCUCGCAGCAUGUACGGCAAGAUCCGGCUGGCCAGAUCCAUGAUCAGAGACCAUUACAUGCCUAGGUACAUCGAGACAAUGGAGAUGCUGAUCGACAAGCUUGCAGAGGACGCAGACGAUGACACAGACGACUAGUUGGGAACUGAACCCAAAAACCAAGGAAGCAGAUUAGUAAGCUGCAGCAUUGUUAGUGUAGGCCACAAGACAUAGUUUAUGACUUAAUGGGUUCAGAGUAGAGCCCAGAUUAGUGUCAUAGUGUCGGGGUAGCCAUUCCAGAAAGAUUUGAUAUUUCAGCUUUGUUGCUGAGAUUUGCAGAAAGAUCUGAUAUAUCUGAUAUAGUGUAGAAUCCAGAUUUGGAUUUGUAUAUUGAGGCAGGUUAGCCUAGUGAAUGAUACAGAGUUUUCUGAAUGCUUGAGCAACGUUAGGAAAUGAUUAAAUAGAAAAGGAUUGCUGAACUUGG